CGGGGCGAACGCACCGCCGUGCCCCGGGCGUCCCGGCCCCCCGCCCGUCGCCGCCGCUGCCGCCGCUGCUGCUGCUGCUGCUGCUGCCGCCGCCGCCGCCUGCUCCGCGCACGCUGCAAGGGAGGGAUGGGGCGGGGAGGGGGAGGAGGCGCUGGGGGCGAGGACGGGCCUUUGCAUCCCCACCGCACCCCCCUGCAGCCCCUCUGCUCCCCGGUGCAUCCCCCUUGCAUCCCCCGCGCUUCUUUCUGCUGCAAGGGGACGUGCUUGCCAGGGCCGCCUGCUUGCAGGGUGCGUGCUUGAAAUAAAGCCCCCCUCGCCCGGAGAUCCCCCCCAUCCCCUGCUCCGAGCCCCCCUCCAUCAUGAUUUUGCUGAGCAGCUUCUUGCACCUGCGGCCUCGGCGCUGCAGCCCCUUUGCAGGGCUGGGCAGGGGGACCGGCCCCGCAGUGGGGACCCGCAGGGCUCUGCGGGUGCUGGUGGACAUGGACGGGGUGCUGGCCGACUUCGAGGGAGGCUUCCUCAAGAAGUUCAGGGCCAGGUACCCCGACAAGCCCUACAUUGCCCUGGAGGACCGGAGGGGCUUCUGGGUGUCGGAGCAAUACGGGCGCCUGGGACCUGAGCUGAGUGAGAAAGCCAUCAGCAUCUGGGAAUCCAAGAACUUCUUCAUCGAGCUGGACCCACUCCCUGGGGCUGUGGAAGCUGUGAAGCAAAUGGCAAAUUUGGCAGACACCGACGUGUUCAUCUGCACAAGCCCGAUCAAGAAGUACCGCUACUGCCCUUACGAGAAGUACGCCUGGGUGGAGAAGCACUUUGGCCCCGAGUUUCUCGAGCAGAUCGUUUUGACGCGAGAUAAGACGGUAGUUUCUGCUGACCUCCUUAUAGACGACCGACCUGAUAUAACAGGAGCCGAGCUGAACCCCAGCUGGGAGCACGUGCUCUUCACGGCCUGCCACAACAAGCACCUACAGCUGAAGCCCCCCAGCCGCAGGCUGCAGUCCUGGACCGAUGACUGGAAGGCCAUUCUGGACAGCAAACGCCUGCCGCCCGGCCAGACCGCCUAAACACCAGCCUCCCACGGCCACCCAGGGCUGCGGCCACCCACUCGUGUCCCUUUGGAGUCCUGCUGAAGGCUGAAACCAUGGGUGGACAGACAGACAGAUGCUGUCCCUGCUGCGGGGAGGAAGAGGAGGGUGAGCUGAAGCACACGGCCACCCAGACAGUGGACCUUAGCCCGUCCAUGCCACAAGGGACCAGCAGCAAGAUUGGCCCCAUGGACCCGGCAGCCUGGCUGGGAGGCAUUUCCCACUGGCUCCUGGGGUGUCCGCUCCAUCUGCACCCCCGUGAGGCCAGCCUGACAUUUCUGAUGGAUGAGGUCACCCUCAGCAUGUCACUGCCCUUGUCUGUGCACCAUGUGGCACACACCAGCUCUCCAUCCUCCUCCCUGCGUUAUGGUCGAGGAUCAUGCGGGUGGUUUCUUUCAUCCUUGCAGGGCUUCAUACCCAGGGGCUGCCUUGGGGGAUGUUUCCUCCCGGCCGGUGCCCGGGUCCGGGGAGAAGCACGGCCGGAAGGGCAGGGGGAGCGGGUGGAUGUUGCCCAGGCUCCCUGCACCGGCUCAGCUGUGCUCUUCCUUGCAGCUGAUGCAAUGGGACAGCUACGCGCUUCCCUGCAGGAAAAGUCCCUGCAGCGGGAUAUGGGGACAGUACCACUCCUUCCGUGGAUCCGGUGGUGGGCAGAGAGCCCUGAGGCACUGUCAUACCCAAAAUGUAACCGUCCUCCAGCUGGCGGGAGGGAUCCCCACUUGCCCUCUUCCCUGAGGAGCUGCCGCAGCUUUAGAGCUGGGGCUUUAGAGCUGAUCUGGGAUGAAGAGAGGGGAUCUUCUCCCACCUGCUCAUCACUCGUGGGCUGCUCACCUGGGGCAUCUCUGGGGCAGCGAGCGGGUAGCAGCAGUGCCAGCACCCAGCCCUUCCUGGGAGCUGGGUGGUUCCUGCAGAGCUCAUGGCUCACCCUGCCAAGCAGUGAUCGGAUUGGAUUUCAAAGCCAGGAAGGUCUGCACAUGCAGGCUGCAUGAUCAGAUCACCCCAUCUGCCGCCUCCUGGUAGUGUCCAACAUCAGCCUGCCAGGAAAGCGCUGGGUGUGUAUCCUCUGGGCACCCUGCUUCCACGCAGGAGGUCCUGGGUGCUGCAUUCCGCCAGGGUCAGGCACGGGGACAGUCGAUGCUGCGGAGCAUCCUAAAGCCUUCGGUGCGGAGCCGCCUGGGAAGAUGCUGCUAGGUGGAGGAGCUACAACAUCACUGAGAAGUGGGCAAAGCAGAGGCACCACGGGUGUCCAAAGGGCAGGUUGAGGGUUGUGUUGGUGGAGGAUUGUCACAGCCGCAUCCAUGGAUGCUGUUUUCGGUCCUCACGUACCACAAGGGAUGAAGUUCUGGGGACGUUGCUGUUAAAGGCUGGGGAGCCCAUCAGCAGUGCCCACAAGGCUCUGUCACAGGGUUAGUUUGUUCUGCAGCUGCCUGCAGCUCGUGCGCCAUCCUGGCUCUGGAUGUCAGGGGCCAGGGCAUGCUGCCGGCUCUGCUCUGCUCGCCUCGUGCUGGGACCCCUGUGGCAAGGUGUUCGGCUGCUUGGCCAGCGUGAAGGGGCUGUGGCACACGCAGCUGUCUGUGCCAGCCACCACUGCUGGAUGACCGUGCUGGGGGUGCUGGGAAGCUGCAUCUGGGCACCGAAAAGGGAGCGUUUGGACCAAGGGGCAGCUCCAAGAGGGAUGCUUUUUGCACAGCUGUGCCCACAGCCUCUUCCUCCCCUGCCCAUCUAUCUCAUACUUGCCUCGCUGAGCCUGCACCAGCCUGGCCUUGAACUGCAGUGACCCAGCUGACACUGGCGGCGGCACCAGAAAGCAGCCGUUGCUGCUUCUCCUCCGCCUGGCCCCAGAGAAGAGACAUCCCAGCUGCUGGGAAGAACUGGGCGUCCCCUCCCUGCCAACGGCCGGAGCCAGUGCUGGGCUGCCCCAGGCAAAGCCCCGGGGAUGCGCCGGGUGCGUCAGGGCCGGCGUGCAUGUGCGUCACUGCUGACACCGCAGAGGCCACACGGCCCCUGCUCCCGCCUGCCCCCAAGCUGUCCGGGAUCCCACCGUGCGGUCCCGCUCUCCUGGCCUGAGGACUUGCUGGCUGCGGGAGUAAAAUUCCCCACUGGGACACGCAGCCCCACGGGCGGGGGCGGUAGCCAGGGCUUGGCCGGGGUUAGCCACCCUGCACUGCUUGCUCACCAUGCCUUUGGCUUGCCUCUCUUCUAUGGGCCCCCGUCAGCAAAGAACUAUGUGAGCUCAAAGCUACAUAGCCAACAAAUAACCUAUUUCGGCCGGCCCCCCGCCAUGUCCGGGACCUGGAGGGGCUACUGAAGUUGGUGCUUCCGAACCCGUGCCUUCCCCGGCUGUUGCGGGGCCAAGGACGAAGCCCACAUGGUCUCGGGUCUUUCUGAAAGCUGCCCCAUCUCUUGGGAUGGGGUGAUUGUGUAAAGACAGCAUGGUUUGGUUUGGCCCAUGGCAAUGGGAGUUACAUACCACAGGGAUUAUUUUUUUUUUUUCUCAUUUAAACCACUGUGUGCUUCCCUGGGUGGUGGGUCUGGUUUGAGGGGUGUAUUUGGGGAGGGGUGUUUGCAAUGUGCAGCCACUGGAGAUGCAGCCCCCUGGCCAAGAGCCGCCUUGGCUGGGGGUUUGCAGGCAGGGAGCUGGGACAGUGGGUGAGCACCAUGAGCAGCCGCUACGGCUGCUGAGCAUCACGGACCCCUCCGCCCUGCUGAUGCCCUGCCGGCUGCUGGCCCCAUCGUGCAGCCAGGGUGGCCUCAUGGGGUCCAAGCUGUUUUUUUUCCCAGCAGCACCAUUUAAACAUGAGUUGCCCAAGUUCUUUGGAGCCUUCUCGCUGCCCAUCCUCGAGCCAAAACCGGAGCCAGCAUGUCAUUAUGGCAGCUGCCCAAACCAGCCGCCUUCCCCACGGCUGGGGUGGACCCAAGGGACAUGGCUCUCUAGGUGGCAGCCGGUCUUUCCCCCUUCGUGGAAUGUGUGAUGCUGAAGAGACCACGUCGGUUCACGCCAAAUAUACUUGAAAGCAGAGCUGGAGUUUCUCAUGCACGAGGCUCCGACUCGAUGCACAGAAAUCCCGAGCAGGGAGUGGCCUGUUUGCUCCUGCUGAGCUUGGGGCCGGGAGGUGGCUCUCCAUCACCCGACGGAUCGGCCCUUUCAAUGUUCAAGCCCUUCUGUGGCCAGCUGAGAUGCACAGAGCUUUUAUUUUUAAAUGCACAUCUAUAAAACCGAGGCCGGUGAGGAGCACUGCAAUAAACACUGGGUUUUAUUGGCAUCCAGCUUCCUAGAAAUUGAGUUUGGGUUUUGCAGUUUCCCACCCAUGGCUCUGCUCUCUGCAGGGGAAAGGGGAUGGGUGUUCCCUGUGGGCUUGGGCAAGUCACCAUGUCCAAAAAGCCUGUAGCCAGCCCCAGCAGUGCCAUUACCCCAUUAGACAGAGUCCCUGUGGGCAGAAAUAGGAGUAGGUUUAGGUAGCAAUCAGCUUCCUAAAUAUCUUUUAUAACAAAUAAAGCUGUAAAGCGUGUUUCCCAUUGGACCACAGAGCAGAAGCAAUAAAAGGGGCUGGAGUUGUCACAG